ACGCCCUCUCCAGUAUUCUCCUUCCCUUUUCCAAUCUCUCAUCUUCCCAAAUUUUCCAAACCCUUUCUCCCUUCUUCUUCCCAAAACCCCAAACAUGCAAGUUCCUUUAAUCGACAGACUCAACGAUUUCCAAGCGGGUCUCAACUCAUUACAAAACCCAUCUUUCCCUUCUCAAAUCUCAACCACCUCCUUCAACGGUCUCCAAUCAGUUUCCAUAGCUUUCAGUUUCUGCAAAUGGGGUGCUGUCAUUCUCGCCUUAGUCGCAACCUUCGGCAGCAUCAUCAACAAACUCACCCUAUUCAUCAUCCAUCUCCGUAAAAAAGCUUCAUCCCUUCCUUCAAUCUCUUUCGACGACGAUUUCACCUCCGACGACGAAGAUGACAACGACGACGACAUCGUUAGUUUAUCUUCCUCAUCGGACUUCGAAGACGACGACGACCCAUCAAGUUUCAACGACUUUUUCAGAAUCAGCGGAAGAAACGACGAGUUCCAGACUCAAAACGGUGUUCAUCAACGACAACGCAGUAUCGGUGACAUUUUUUCGCUUUUCGAAUUAGCUAACAGUGAAAACGUUGUUAAGCUUUGGGACAGUAUAGGAUUCGGUCUAGGUUUAGAUUUCGAUGAAUACGAGGACGGAGUAAUUUCCUCGAACGACCAAAACGCGCUUUCAACUCACGUGGAUUCACCCGCGGUAGUUGUAUCGGCGGGUGAAGGCGCGCGUGGUAAUCUCGCGGUUGAGAUUUGGGACACGCGCCUCCGUCGACGGAAGCCUUCUGUUGUAGCGGAGUGGGGGCCCACGGUGGGGAACACGGUUCGCGUUGAGUCUGGCGGCGUUCAGAAGGUUUAUGUGAGAGAUGACGGACGUCAACGUUUGACGGUUGGUGAUAUGAGGAAAGUGAGUAUUCCGUUAGGAAACGUAACGGAAUCUGACGCGGAUAAUACCUGGUGGGAUGCGGAUGAACAUUAAUUGAUGUUGCACGCAAGUUUGUAAAAUUGGAAUAUUGGAAUUUUAUUUUAUUUCGGUUUGGUGCUAAAAAAAUUAAUUAAUAUAAUUAGGAAAAUAAGCAUCGCCGAAGAUUUAUUUGAAAAAUUGCUUAAUUGUAUUGUUUAUUUAGCUUAAAGACUUAAAGUUGACAGCUGUAAAUGAAUAAAUUAGUUUGAAUUUGUACAUUGGUUUCUAACCUUGGUAUUAAACGUGUGGUUGAAAAUAAA